AUGUUGAGGUCAUAUGUGUUGCAGCUGAAGGAUGCAUGGGAUGCACACCUUGCCUUGGUGGAAUUUGCUUAUAACAACAAUUAUCAUUCGAGUAUUGAGAUGGCUCCUUAUGAGGCAUUGUAUGGAAGGCAGUGCAGGACUCCUAUUUGUUGGAAUGAAGUGGGUGAUAAGAAAUUGGAAAAAGUGGAUAGUAUCUGA